AUGGAUGAUAAAAUCUAAAGAAUUUUACAAAUGAAUGACUUCUAACGUUCCUCUGACAUUCGCAAAAUCUCUCAAUCACAAUUAACUGAAAAUACUAAUAAGACUUAUUCUAUCACAGUUACAAAUCAAUCCAAACCCAAAAGAAGAAAGGUUGUCAAAUUAAAGAAUCAUUUACUCUAAUCACAUGUAAGUCCAGAUAUUUAAAAAUUAUAUUAUUAAACCAAAAAGAAUGAAGAUUCUUGUUAAUAAAAUCAAAUUGAAUAACCAAAAUCAAAUAACUUACCCACAAUAUCUGAUCAAUCUUCUAAAACUAAUUUGAAUGAUUUGAUUACUAUUAUAUUAGAAAUAUUCCCUCCUGAUCAUUAACUAUGGAUAGAUCUAUAAAUUAAGGAUUAAUCUAUAGAAGAAGUUAUUACUUAAAAUUAAAAUUAUUUCUCUGAUCUACUAAGUAAUCAUAUUUAACUAUUUUACUAGUCCUCUAUAUUCAAGAGAUGGAAAUUCGUCAACUCAAAGAUAAAAAAUAAGGUUACAAAGGCAAAUAUACUACUUAAUAUAGUGAAGAUUUUAACGAUAAAGUAAUUAAAGAUAAUACAUCAAUUAAUAGAUGGAUUUAUGAUCGAAUCAAAUAAUCAAAUACAUUUCUUUAAAACAUUAGUACUUACAAUGUAAAUUUUAUAGAAUUUAUAGAAAGUAACAUUACAUUCCCAAACGUUACGACAAGAUUGGCAACUUCAAACCAGAUCAUAAACCAAAUUUAAAUGAAAUAUCUUGUCUUUCCUCAUAUUCUAUUAAUUAUAGAGACUGGAAGAAAUAAUAUCAUGGUCUCAUAGGUCCUAUUAAUGUUUCUAGUGAUUAGAAAUUACCAUUUAUUGCUGAAACUAAUUACACUAAAAAUUUUGUCACUCAAAAAUAUGAAAAACAAGAUCCUAUCAUCCCUAAAUAAUUGUACUACUUAUAUUAAUAUAUCUAGAGGACCAUUUCCAUUACAACCAAGAACAUUGAUUCGAGAUACUACACAUAAAUCUUAAUUUUCUUUGCCUUAAUAAGAUAAUACAUAAAUUUAAAAUAUGGUAUAUAGUCAAAGAACUAAUCAUAUUAAAAGUUUUGAUGGAUAUUAACCACACUAUAAUAAAUAAUCUACAAUUUCGAAUCAGAAUGAUGAAUUUGCUGAUCGCUUUUAUUAAUCUUCUAUUGUUUAAAAAUUAAUGAAGAAUAAUAAUUAAAAAUAAUAAAAUAAUUGA